UCCAACACAACACAAGAAAUGGAGAGCACUCAGAGAACCAGCGUGAGGAACCAUUUCGUCCUGGUGCACGGCCUCUGCCACGGCGCGUGGUGUUGGUACAAGGUGGUCGCCGCCCUCGAGGCCGCGGGCCACCGCGUCACGGCGGUCGACCUCGCCGCGUCCGGCAUGCACUCGGCGCGCGUCGACGAGGUGAACUCGUUUGAGGAGUACUCACGGCCGCUGCUCGACGCCGUGGCUACGGCGCCGGAGGGUGACGGCGAGCGGCUGAUUCUGGUCGGGCAUAGCCACGGCGGGCUCAGCUUGGCGCUAGCCCUGGAGAGGUUCCCCGGCAAGGUCGCCGCGGCCGUGUUCGCCGCCGCCGCGAUGCCGUGCGUCGGGAAGCACAUGGGCGUCACCACAGAGGAGUUCAUGCGAAGAACAUCAUCACAAGGACUACUCAUGGACUGCGAGAUGCUGCCAAUCAACAACAACCAAGGUGCUGGGGUUGCAAUCAAAAUGGGCCCAGACUUCUUAGCACACAAGUAUUACCAGCAAAGUCCACCAAAGGAUUUGGCCCUGGCGAAAAUGUUGGUGAGGCCUGGAAACCAGUUCCUGGAUGAUCCGGUGAUGAAGGAUGCAUGCCUGCUCACCGCAGACAAAUAUGGGUCUGUGAAGAAGGUCUAUGUGGUAGCCAAGGCUGAUGGCUCCAGCACAGAGGAGAUGCAGCGCUGGAUGGUGACGCUAAGCCCUGGCACAGAGGUCGAGGAGAUUGCUGGAGCUGACCAUGCCAUCAUGAGCUCCAAGCACAAGGAGCUUUGUGAUGUCUUGAUCAAAAUAGUCGAUAACUUAAAUAUAUAGUAAGUUGGGACAAAAGUGACGUAUGUUUGAAAUAAAAUCAUGUAUCAUGGAUUUAAUAUAUUUAUUAUCUCUGGAUAUGUGUGUACGAUAUAAAUUUGUAUGCUAGAUGUAUUCAUAUGUAUGACAUAUAUGUGUCUAGAAAUCUA